AUGAAUGAGAAGAUAGAAGCUAUUUUACGAAUACAAGAACCGCGUACUUUAGCUCAAGCGAAUCGUUUUCUAGGAUCUUUAGGAUGGUAUAGAAAAUUUCUACCAAAGUUUGCAGAAGUAGCAGCACCAAUACAUGCUGUUACCAAUCUUACGAGGCCUAACCGACGAAAGUUUAAGUGGCAAACUGCUCAAUCAAAAGCCUUUCACCAGCUUAAAGAGAUGCUUACUACCGAACCUUUAUUCCUACAUUUUCCUGUAGAUGAUUUACCUGUAGUAUUAACUACAGAUGCUAGUGAUAUAGGAAUAGGUGGCGUUUUACAGCAAGAAAUCAAUGGGCAACUCCAACCAUUUGAUGAUAUAUUCGAUAUUGAAUAUGGCUUAGCUAGUAAAUCUCAUUCGAUCUUAUCAUCAGCAACAUCUAAUAAUGAUACUAAGAAUUUAACAUCAGAUUCAUCAGUUUCUUCUACUAAUCCGAAUGUUUUAGCAGUCAUGACUCUCAGACCACGUAAAAAUCGAGUUGAUUAUUCAAAAGAACAUAUUUCUGAUGGAAAUGACGUGAAUAAUCAUCAUGACUAUAUAGAUACAUCGGAUUCUAGACAUAAAAGGAAAUCUAAAGUAGCAUCAAAAAUUUCACAAAACUAUUUCGAUAUAACUCAGUUACAAGUUGAACAAGAUCGAGAUUCUAAGAUACAGAACAUAAUAAAAAAUUUAUCUACUACAUCGAGUCAAAGUUCAUUUAUCUUAGAAGAUAAUAAACUGUACAAAUUAAUUAGUUGUCAGAAUAGUUCUAAUCGAAUCGUUAAAGCGUUAUAUUUACCAUCAUCAAUGAUAAAUUCUCUAUUAAAAGCGUGUCACGAUGAUCCGUUAACAGGCGCUCAUUUUUCUACAGAUCGCAUGUAUUAUAAAAUUCGUCCUCAUUUUUGGUGGCCCGGAAUGAAAGCCACUAUACAACGUUACGUAAAGUCUUGUAGUUUAUGCACGCAAUUUAAUAUAGAUCGUGCUAAAAGAUAUGGUCACUUACGUUCUAUUCCACCACCUGAAGGACCAUUCGUUUUAAUAGGCAUUGAUUUUUGUGGACCAUUACCUAGGACUCCUCGUGAGAAUCAAUAUGUGCUUAUUAUCACAGAUUAUUUUACGAGAUAUAUAACAGCAUUAGCACUUCCUAACUGCACAGCAGAAACUGCAGCGCGCGCCUUAUUUGAUGAUUUUUUUUGCAAGUUUGGUAUACCAUCAGUUAUCUUAAGCGAUCGUGGAACACAUUUUCAAAAUAAGUUAAUGGAGAAUCUACAAAAUCUCAUAGGAUACAAUCAUAUAUAUAGUACUCCGUACCAUCCUCAAACAAACGGUAUCGCCGAGCGUUUUAACGCCACUUUUGUAACUCAGAUUUCGAAGUUACAAAAUGCUCAACAUAAUAAUUGGGAUGAGUACUUGCAAGCCGUCGUCUUUGCGUAUAAUACAGGAGUACACAAGUCCACGAAAUUUUCUCCCUAUGAGUUAUUAUACGGUCGUACUGCUCGUCUACCUAUUCAUAUACAACCUAAAGAAUUUACAUUUCUGAAACCUAGUGAUUAUUUUGAACAACUAAAAAAGACGUUACGUAUAUUUCAUCAGGCUUCACGUGAAAAUAUAUUAUGUCAACAACAAGCUAAUCAGACGUAUUACAAUAAGAAUCGUCUUGAUCCACAAUUGAAAUUAGGAGAUAAAGUUUUUACUCGUAUAUAUGUUUCGAAAGGAAAAUUAGAUCCGAAAUUCUCUCCUAUUCCGAAAAUCGUUGUUGAAAUUCAUCAUCCAAUGUAUGUAGUCGAAGAUGAGUAUACGCACAUAAGAUCACAAGUACAUAUAAGCGAUUUACGACCGAUCAGUUUUGAAUAA